AAAUCGCUAACAAUUUAUUCAGGCAAACAGUAGCACUAAGGGACACAGUCCCUUUAGAGUCACAGGGCAUAAAUUGCCUGGGCUUGACAGUUACAUUAUCGGCGGCUUUCGAAGCAUUAAUGCCUACUUUCUUCUCCUAAUUUUGUACCUGAUACUAUCAUAAUUUGCUUUAGGUCGCAGUUUCGUUAAAUAGACCCUGCUGCUAAGACCGCCUCCUGAGUUACAACCCGAUGUGGCUUUUACUUUCUGGAACAGCGUUCGGUGCCACCGCCGCCCUAGCAGGGCUGGAAAGCAUACGACGACAGUGGCAUCGACGUAGUGAGGAUGACAACGCCGACCCGUCGUCGUGCCCAACCGGCGAUGCCAUCGAUGAUGUCGCCGUAGAAACCACCGAUUCGGACGUGCAUGAGCCGUGCCACCUAGCUUCGCCCUCAAUGCUGAUGGCCGCCGCAGUCGCAGCCGCUGGGGCGCUGCUGGCGGUUACCUGUGGCGGUUUAUUGGUGGCACGAGGGCGGAGUGACCGUUCAAGCCGUAGAUCACGUCGCAGCGGAGGGCCACCCCGAAUACCGCUGCGGGAGUUGGUGCGCUUCCGCGAGCAGGAAUGGUUCCUAGAGGAGCUCGAGAACGCGCGGGACGGUGACCCGAACGCUAUGUUGCGACUGGCCAAGAUGUACUUGUACGGCCAGGGCUGCGAGCGUAGCGUGAAUAUCGCGCAGGAGUGGCUGCGGAGAGCGCGGGCUGGCGGCGUAUAUUGCACCCUAGACGAGCUGCUUACGGCGGAGGACUUGGAGGCUUUCAGCCGGCAGGCUCGUGCAAGCAGCGCUGAUCGGCAACAGCAGCUGUUGCAGAGGCACCAGCAACACCGGCACCCCCAAGCCCGGCCACAAUCCCAACACAUGCACACUGGCUCCCAACCGCAUCAAGGGAGACAGCAGGCAGGCGGGAUACCUGUGGCAGCGGCGUGAGAGACGUUUAGAGCCCGAUGGUUGAUGGCGCUUAGGGGGCUGACCUCAGCGUGGGCUUUAAGGAAACACAUGGGGCUUGGCUCUUUGCUUGUGCAUGUUAAGAGGCGUGGGAAUGGGCGGCGCAGUAGACAUUGUACACUGCAUUACAUCUUCCAUUUAGCAAUCCUCCUCAUCCCUCACGUUAAAGCAGCACGGAGUAUCAGCUUAUGCCGAUGCAAUAUCACCAAAAUCAUCUUUGAUCGCGACUCCGUGCAGCUAUGGACUAGCGGAAGGCCGACAAAACACUGGCUACAGCGGCCCCUACUACGGUGAGCCUCUUACGAGGCUCGCUAUGGCUUAUCAAUUAAUUCCAAGGGCAAGCGGUCAUUGCCAUCACGUGUUAGACCCAAACCCGUACCUUACAGACAAGCACGUCGGUAUGCCAACGUCAUGCUCUACCCACUGACACCCAAGCUAGGUGCAUCAAGUUGUGCGCACGCUGGCUCCCCAAGAACACCGGUCAUUAGUCCUAACAGGUCACACGCGGUAAGCGCCUAGCAGCCCGUUAUAUGGCGAUAUGACAAGUUCUGCACUAUGAACACCGUACCAUCAGGAGCACAAAACUCACGCCAAUAGGCAAUGCCAGUGCAUCUGUCUGUUGGCAGUCAAGGUGAAAACAACGCCCGGUCUACCUACAUUCAGCAAGUGCACACACUCUCGGUUUCAUGCCAGGUAGCCCCAUGUGCUGAUCACCUCGUGUCGCUACGAAACACGGAGCCGUUCCGGUGAGGGCAGGCCUGGGCAGUGGCCAUCCCGCC